UUUUAGAAUUAUAUUUGUGUGUUUGUUGUUUAGAACUGAGGUGAAACCAUGGCUUUGGUCUUAUCAAAGAACCCCUUUUGUGAACCCGAAGCUGAAGCACCGCCGUCAAUCUACCAACCGAUCUGGGAAUCUGAACACUGCAGUAAAAGCUGUGUCUCCACCCCCUCACCACCAGGGGGUGACACCCAAGGGCUCAGAGAAGAGCCCCAUUAUAGACGAGUUCCUGAUCAUGUGAUGAAUCGUGUGGCCAUGUCACGGAUCUCUUAUUUCAAGAGGAAGUUUGUGGAGGAUGAAGAACCUGUACUGAGUUUCAGGAGUUACUGUCACACUCAGGUGUCACCAGUCCUGGAGGAGCGUGCUAACAUUCUCCGUCUCUCUCUGGAGAAGCUGCGUUUCAUGGAUGACCCCGAGUCCUUCUUGCGGCGGUCUGUGCUCAUCAACAACCUUCUCCGGCGUCUCAGAAACGAAAUCCUCCUCCAGAGCGACUGGUGUUUCCCAUCAGGUCAGACAACCAUGCCUUUUCCCCUCCAAACCCCAGCCACGAAUACACCACUCCCCCCUCCUGCCCUGCAGCCUUGCAUGACACCGCCCGGGUCGCAUCGUAAACGCCUGCGCCUGCUGAGGAGGGAAGGACAGGAGUGCGUCCCAGCCUGCUGCUGUUUAUACGCAGCCGGACGUUACCUCCAGCUCCCCCUGUCUGUGUACGAACGCGACGUAUACUCCAACUCUCGCCCUUCAUCAUCAUCAUCAUCAUCGUCAUCAUCAGUUAGAUUUCCACAGCCUCGUGAGGAGGACGAUGAGGAGGAGGACAGUGAUGAAGAAGAGGACUCUGUGUGUCCUAUGGUGGCUCUGUGUCAAGCAGAAACCAGAGAGCAGAACAGGACGAGCGAUGGUCUCCGGCCGCAGAGCCACAGGGAUGACAAGAGCCUGGAAAAAGAGACAGAAAAAGGGAAAGAGAGGGUUAGAGGAGGGGAGGUUUCACAGCGGUGGCUUUCAGACACGAUAGGUGCUGGACACCAUGGGGCCCUCGCUAGGGCUCACGCCAGGGGAAAAUAACAAAUGAACACUUGCUGUGGAAACGAAAGAAGAAACUGGUUUCCAGCAGUCUCAUAGAUCAAUUAAACAAACCAGAAUAUCAAUGGUCAAUGAUUUUGAAUUUUUGUACUUCUGGAUUACACACCACAAAAGGGACAGCAUUCACAUAUUGCUCUGUCUCUUGUGAAAAUGACCAUACUGUGCCUUAAAUGCUCUUGUUUAAUCUGUUUGCUGUGUUUGUGGAGUUUGUGGAUAUUUGUGACUGAACCACAGAGACAGGCACCAUGUGAAGUGGAAAAAAAGACAAUAAUAAUAAUAAUAAAAUGUUCUAAAUUUAAUUUUGUUGAUAUCAUAGGCACUUGAGAAAUGCAUGAUAUGGGUUGCUUUCCAUGAUUAUCAUCUCGUUUACAUGCAGUGGAUUUUAGCCAGAAUGCAUGAGGCCCUGAAGGUGGCCAACAUUUUUAGAACAAUCAUAUUCCCUUUAGCGCCCUUAACAUUUCAGACAUUUACAUAUUCAGGAAACAAAGCGCAUAGAGGUAUCUAUACAGGAAUCUGUGACACUAUCAGAGAUUCCUGUACAGAUACCUCAGUGUCCAUGUUAAUCUGUUGUCUUGAGGUCCACUGAGUCCAGUGAUUCUUGGUACGAAUGAGAGAAUCUCCAUUCACUAUAAAAGUUUUUAUUUUCAUGCACUUUUUUUAUAUUGGUUUUUGUUUAUGCGUUCUACAUUUAUUUUUUUAUUUCUAAAAACACAAAAUGGGAGACCCUCAGACAAGAGCAGAAUUUAUACUGGCAACCAUGCUGGUAGGAAAUGAAAUGAAAUCUUAAACAUUGUUCGGGUUUGAAUGUGUGUGUGUUUUUGUGAAAUGUGUUAAGAAUAAAGAAAUGAUCCCGAGCCCACAAUGUUUCCUUUA